ACGUCAGGUUUGUUUUGAUUGAUUUAAAUUUGAUCAAUCGAAAUAAGGUACAGAAACCAUGGAAACCAAUUAAAAAUUAUCAAUAAUUAUUGAGUAAAUUAUCAUUCAGAUUGGUAACAAAUAUUCAAUUUUAAUUACUUCGAACUAUUGAGUGGGUGGUAAAACAAAAAUCAUGUCUUCUGGAUCAGCAAAUUUCAAGAAGAAGCCAGGUAGUGGUGCUUAUAAGAAAACAGGAGCUUUAAAAUUUGAAUUGAAUGAUGAACAAAAAAAUGAUAUAAAAGAAGCUUUUGAUCUCUUUGAUAAUGAGAAUUGUGGUAAAAUAGAUAGUAAAGACUUGAAAGUUGCAAUGAGGGCUUUAGGUUUUGAGCCUAAGAAAGAAGAAAUAAAAAAAAUGAUAUCAGAGAUUGAUAAAGAUUGCACUGGUAGAAUUUCUUUUGAUGAUUUCCUUGAGCUUAUGGCAGUAAAGAUGUCAGAAAAAGAUUCAAAAGAAGAAAUAUUGAAAGCAUUUAGAUUAUUUGAUGAUGAUGACACAGGCAAAAUAACUUUCAAAAAUUUGAAACGUGUGGCUAAAGAAUUGGGAGAAAAUCUGACAGAUGAAGAAUUACAAGAAAUGUUAGAUGAAGCUGAUUUGAAUGGUGACGGUGAAAUAAGUCAAGAAGAAUUUCUGAGAGUUAUGAAGAAGACCAGUUUGUAUUGAAAUUUUUGAUGUUUUCAUUUAUGUUUUGUUUUUCUACCUCAGAAUAUUUUAAGUUUAUGAGAUGUUUAUUGACACACUCAGCAACCUAUUGAUUUCUUUGAGUGUAAAACAACUGUUGAUGUUCUACUUCAUAACUUGAGUGUAAUACAGUACACUUUUUAGGAGUAUAUUGUGUUAACUUUAAAUGAUAGUAAUGUAAUUCACUGAAAAUGUGUCCUAGUUUAUAUUUGAGUUUUUGAUAGCAAAUAUACUUUACACUGCUCUCAUUAAAAUCUAUUUUUUGUACUACAUAAACAGUUUAAAGUACAAUUCUGUAUUAUUUUGUAACUGAGUUAUUUUUCAAUAAAUUCAGUUUGUAUAAGCU